GUCCUUUCACAAUCAAAACCUAAUAUAUAUCAUCAUUCAUCGCCGCCGUGCUAUCAAUACACAGAUCGAUUAUAUCAAUUUGAAUUUGAAUUUUCACAUAUAGGAAUGGGGUCGUUCCUCUGCAGCACUCACCACUUGUUCUCCGUGACGCUGGGCUUCGUUAGUGUGGUCAGCUGGUGUGUGGCUGAGAUACCUCAGAUCAUCACCAAUUACAGGAACAAAUCAGCUGAGGGCCUCUCCAUUCUCUUUCUCAUCACAUGGAUUGUGGGAGAUUCUUUCAACCUUUUUGGCUGCAUACUAGAACCAGAGACUCUUCCAACUCAAUAUUAUACAGCAGUGUUAUAUGCAGUAACUACUAUUAUUCUUACAUUACAAGCGGUUUAUUAUGUCCACAUUUAUCCACGACUCAAGUCCAACAACAGGAGGCAGGAGGCUGUGCAAACUGAAGCUGCAGAGAGAAGAGAGCACAAUAAUGAUUCUGAUAAUGAAAAUGGCAGUUUCGUACAGAGAUGGGGAGUUCCUCCAAGUUCAACUAUUCAUGCCGUAUCCAGCUCACCCAGUAGCUAUGAUGAGCUAUAUUUCAUGUCAGCAAGAUCACUUUCAGUAAGUCGUACACCUCCUGCAGGGUCCUUCCUCGGUCCGAGAAGUCCUCUUUUGGACAUCGAGCAACGUUGGUUCAGAGAACCAUUGUUAGGUGAAGGCAGGUCACCAAAAUCUGGUACUCCAAAAAUCAAAACCAUGCUGUGUGUGGUUUCCUUGAUGACAUUCUUAGUGGGCAGUCACAACCACCUACGAUCAGAAAGACUUGUAAACAAUUCAGUUAUCAAAAAUCCAACAGGGGGCAUUGUGUUGCAAGUUGGAAGAAAACUUUUGGAGGCUAUGGGAAGUUCAGCACACAAUAAUUUGGCUGCAGGUUUCAGUGGGAUAGGGUCCGUCCUUGGUUGGGGAAUGGCAGCUAUCUACAUGGGUGGACGUCUACCUCAGAUUUACCUAAAUAUUAAAAGGGGGCAUACAGAGGGGCUUAACCCAUUGAUGUUUGUCUUUGCUGUUAUUGGCAAUACCACAUAUGUGGCAAGCAUCCUGGUUAACAGCUUAAACUGGUUAAAAGUAAAACCUAAUCUUCCUUGGCUGGUGGACGCUGGAGGAUGCGUGAUUCUUGAUGCUUUUAUACUCAUUCAGUUUGCCUACUUCCGUUAUCGACGGAGGAAUGAAGUUGAGAAGUAUGUCUCAUGAAUGACCUCUAAAGAUCAUGAAUAAACAGCGCCUCAGGAACUGGAGACUCAACAAUUGUGGAGACAAACGCUUCUCUGACUGCAUUAGAUCGAUCUCCUUACCAUUGUAACUCAGCAGCACUACCAUAUUCUUUUUCUUUGUUAUGUUAAACGAUUUGAACGCCUAGAACUAGUCUAUCACUACAAUUUAUGCCCAUUUGCCAACUGUGCUUCAAAUUUUGUGACAAGUUAUCUUGUAAAUUUUGUGAUUUAUAGACAAUGGGUUUUUUUUCCCUGA